CGUUCCUCGCCCGCUUCGACCUCUCCGUGUUGGAACUUGGAAGAAGCAGCAGAGGAGGAGGAAGGGAGGAAACGAGGGACGCUCUCGUGUGGAGCAUCAGGGUUCGACAUGGGGGAAUUAGAGGCUGAGAAGCACGUCCAAUACAUCCUCUCCGUCGAGAAGCGCAAGGACGAUUUCGAGUCCUUGCUGAUGGAGCAUCUCCGAAUCAACGGCGCGUAUUGGGGGCUCACCACUCUCGACCUGCUCCGCAAGAUCGAGGCAGUCGAUUCGGACGAGGUGGUGUCGUGGGUGAUGAGUUGCCAGGAUCAGGAUUGCGGUGGGUUCGGUGGGAAUGUUGGGCAUGAUGCGCACCUGCACUACACUCUCAGUGCUGUCCAGAUCUUACUUCUCUUCGACCGCCUCGAUAUUUUGGAUAUCGACAAGGUCUCGGAUUACGUUGCCGGGCUACAGAAUGAAGAUGGGUCUUUUUCUGGCGAUAUCUGGGGUGAAGUUGACACUAGGUUCUCAUACUGUGCAAUAUGCUGUCUCUCGUUACUGCAUCGUCUGGAUAAAAUUAAUGCGGAAAAGGCUGUAGAUUAUAUUGUGAGCUGCAAAAACUUGGAUGGUGGAUUUGGAUCUAUACCUGGAGGGGAGUCUCAUUCUGGGCAGAUCUUCUGCUGUGUUGGUGCUCUUGCAAUCACUGGUUCUCUGCAUCAUGUUGAUAGAGACCUCCUCGGCUGGUGGCUGUGCGAGCGCCAGUGUAAAGAUGGUGGACUAAAUGGCCGGCCCGAGAAGCUUGCUGAUGUUUGUUAUUCUUGGUGGGUCCUAUCAAGCUUGACAAUGAUCGACAGAGUGCACUGGAUCGAUAGGGAGAAGCUGGCUGCAUUCAUUUUAAACUGCCAGGAUAGGGAAAAUGGAGGUAUUUCAGAUAGGCCAGAUAAUGCAGUAGAUGUUUUCCAUACCUACUUUGGGGUGGCAGGGCUUUCUCUGCUGGAAUAUCCUGGACUGAAGCCUAUUGAUCCUGCCUAUGCCUUACCAGUUGAUGUUGUCAAUCGAAUCUUCUUUGGAAAAUAAUAAGUUCCCUUGUUGAUGAGCUCUCCUAUUAUUGUUCCCCCCUUAAAUGAGAAUAUGGGGAGCCUGUUGAUGCUAGAGAUAGUUGCAGUUCCUGUUUCCAGCCAACCAUUGACAUCCCUGCGACCCUGGAAUGUAUAGCCCAGGGUUAUAAUCAGGAUGGCAAGCACAAGAAAAUCCUCGGAAGAUCAAAAUAGGAUGUUAAACUAGCAAAUCAAUUGCUUUCGCCCUGUUAAUGAGAUUAUCAAACAUUUUCAGCCGAUGGUGGUUCCAAUCUUCUUUGGUUUGUUUCUAUUGUUUCCAAAUCAUGUCCUCCUGUAAGAGCCUUGCAGAGUACAGGUUUGCAUGGUAAGCGAAGAAAGAGUUGUUGAAUUUUAUAGAGAUUUUAUGUUCUGUCA